UGUUCCUCAGCUGAUCGGAAGUGAAAUCGAUAGCUGCUUGUUUGCCUAAUUCUGUAACGGUGAGCGAUGGCUGAUGCCAUAGCAGAUACGAGAAGGCUGUAUACCAAACCACAAAACCUAAACGAUGCAUACGGGCCUCCGAGUAACUUUCUAGAGAUUGAUGUGUCCAACCCUGAGACGGUUGGCGUCGGUCGGAACAGGUUUACGACAUAUGAGAUCAGACUGAAGACAAACCUCCCCAUCUUCAAGCUGAAGGAGUCCCGUGUCCGAAGGAGAUACAGCGACUUUGAGUGGCUAAGAGGAGAGCUGGAGAGGGAGAGCAAGGUGGUAGUGCCCCCCCUUCCUGGAAAAGCUCUGUUCAGGCAGCUCCCGUUCCGUGGGGAUGAUGGCAUAUUUGACGACUCUUUUAUCGAGGAACGGCGGCAAGGCCUAGAACAGUUCCUCAACAAAGUGGCUGGUCAUCCAUUGGCCCAGAAUGAGCGCUGUCUGCACAUGUUCCUACAGGAUGAAUCAGUGGAUAAAAACUACACCCCUUCCAAAAUUAGACAAGCCUGAACCAGUCUGGACUCUCAAUUAAAAAAAAAAACAUGGCCCACAAGCAAUAAGAGAGGUUUGAAACAUUCUUAACUGGAAAAGAAUCUUAGCAUGAACCAUAGGACAUCCAAAACAAUUACCCUGAGCACAACAAAUCUUAAACAAAUUUAAAAGAAAUGCGAUAUUGAAAACAAACUCUAGACUUGGUCAUAUCUCUUCACUUUUGAUCUGUCCUCUCUCUUUAUACAUUGUUUCAGCCUUUUUUCUCUGAAUUAUAAAUCCAUAACAUUAAUUGUUAGUCAUUACCACUCUAAGUCUGAUCAAAUAUGUUAUUUUGUGUAAUUAUUAUGACUAACAAUUAUUUAUGAUUGUCUAAGUGCACCACUAACUUUGAUAUUUGUAGAGCAGGAUGUAUCUUGAAAAACAAAUAGUUAUAUCACAAUGAUGCAAGCACUAUUUUACUCAUACUGACAUACCUAUGUUUUUGCUACAACUUACUUGUGUUGCUUUUAAUGCUGAAGAGCACACAACCUUGCAGUCACAGUGCAGGAUGCUCUUAAUUGGGAACUUCCUUGAUAUGUAGUGGUUGAUUGUGGGUCCCAGUUAGUUGCAGACAAGCCUGUUUUACUGUGUAAUAUUAUUACACAGAAACACAGGGAGUGCUGCCUACAAUGCAUGUUUCCAGAUUUGUAUACUGCUGUGCCAUUUGUUUUGUUUAUGCAAAUUUUCCAAUAAAACAGAUCAAGCACAUCUGUAUGAUCUGAUUUGAAAAACUGAAGC